CAAGAUUUUGUGUUUCAGCAAGAUGAUGCAGCGUGCCAUACCUCAAAAAAGGCUAUAAAAUGGAUGGAAGAAAAUAAUGUACCACUUUUGAAAUGGGUUUCUAGCAGUCCAGAUCUGUCACCUAUUGAAACUUUGUGGCACGAGAUGAAAAAGGUUCUACGACAACAUCCUGCUCGUACAAUCACCGAAAUGAGACAAAAGCUUGGGAACGGGCUCGUAGACUUUUAUGUCAUAUAAACCAAAAUCUCCCAUGUCAUCGUGACAGCAAAGUCUGUCUAUUUUUAAUUUCGAUCGAACACGUAUGUACUAAGCUAAAUUAUAGUUGUAUAUAAUUAUAUCUCCUAAUAUGACCAUAUUUAACCUGCCAGGUAGAAUUAUAAGAUUUAUUUAAUUGCUUUAUGGCAACAAUAAUUAUGAAUCCUGAUAAGAAGUACUCCAUUAAAAGAUAUCUUAUCAUACCUUUUCUUAUGGAGACUGUCAUUGUAUUAUUACUUACAUCCAGUGUUGACCUUAACGUGAUUAAAUAAAAACCGUUUUAAUAUGUUGCUUUCGAAUUUUGUGAGAUCGAAAUGGAAACUACUCAUGCUAAUCUCAUUGAUCCUUUUAGGUGUGUUAGUAUUAACAGUAACAAUCCUCCUCACACUACCGACAUUGGGCAAGGCUGCUAAAGGAGCUGUUGUUUCGAACGUAGAAAUAUGUGCUGAAAUUGGAAAGUCAAUUUUGGAAAAAGGUGGUACAGCGGCAGACGCCGCAAUUGCUGUUUUAUUCUGCGAAGGUGUGACCAUACCAGAAUGCAUGGGCUUGGGAGGCGGGUUCCUCUUAACCCAUUAUCAGAAAAGUACCAACGAGGUUACGUGUCUAAACGCCAGAGAAACAGCGCCCGAAAACGCCUACGAGGACAUGUACAAUGGAAAUCGCUUCGCUUCGCAAUUUGGCGGUUUAGCUGUAGCUGUACCAGGAGAACUCAUAGGCUACUGGACCCUAUAUAACAGAUUAGGUCGAGGUGUACCAUGGGCUGAUAUACUCCAACCAUCAAUAGAUCUUUGCGAAAAAGGCUUCCCAGUAGGAGGAUUCCUUGCGAAAUCUUUACAUGAAGAGAGACUCCUUGGAGGUGCGGUUACCAGGGAGCUGGCAAUGAAUCCUCAAACGAAGAAAAUCUACAAGGAGGGUGAAAUAAUGAAGAGGCCUCGAUUAGCGAAAACGUUAAGGAUAAUCGCUAAAGAAGGUGGAAUGGCUCUGCACGACGGAGUUCUGACAAAUGAGUUCGUUAAAGAUGUUCAAGAACGCGGCGGAAUCCUGACCGUUAACGAUAUGAAAAAUUAUAAGCCAGUUUGGGUGAAACCAGUCCACUCCACAUUCUCAAAUGGUCAAAGUAUGUACUCUAUCCCGGUACCUGGGUCAGGUGUAGUUUUGGCUCUGAUCCUCAAUAUACUCGACCAGUUCCUAGUCAGAGGCAACUUCUAUACUGCCAUAAAUUAUCAAAGAGUCAUAGAAAGCUUCAAGUUCGCAUAUGGAGCAAGGACAAAGCUGGGCGAUAGGGACACAGCCUACAUGCAAACAGUAAUAUCAGGAAUGCUAUCGAAGGACUACGCCAGAGAUCUAAGAAGUUACAUAUAUGAUAAGAACACAUUUGACAGCAUUGAAUACUACGGUGCAAACACCACCUUUGAAGAGGAUCACGGUACUGCGCACAUCUCUGUGCUGGCUCCAAAUGGGGAUGCAGUUGCUGUUACCAGUACUAUUAAUGGCAGAUGGGGUGCAUAUUUCGGUUCUCUUAGCACCGGCAUCAUACUAAACAAUCAAAUGGACGACUUUUCAUCCCCCGGAUACCAGAAUCAGUACGGCCUGCCGCCAUCACCUGCUAACUUCAUCAUGCCAGGAAGAAGGCCUAUGAGCUCUAUGAGCCCUACAAUAAUUUUGAAUGAUAAAGGGGAUGUGGUCAUGAUUAUAGGGGCAGCUGGUGGGAGUAUGAUCACCACUUCAGUAGCACAGAUAAUUGUGAAACAUCUCUGGUAUGGAGUAGACUUGAAGACAGCCAUGGACGAAAGCAGGGUUCAUCAUCAGUUGAUGCCAAAUGACCUUUUGAUAGAAGAUAAAUUCAAAAUAGAGUAUGAGAAGUUGCUCGGCCAAAUCGAGAAGAUAGGACACAAUAUCCAGUUCACGUACCAAGCAGACGGGUUUUGUGCUGUCACCUCCAUAUCACACGUGAACAGCGGUAACGUAGUGGGUGUACCUGACGUCAGGAGAAAGACAGGUGGAGUCGCAUAUCUCUGAUCACGUGAUUAUAUCCAUUGCAUAUCCAUUCCACCCUUAUCAUAUGCACAUGUGACUUCCACAAUAAAUAAAGUAUACAGCACUUAUAGUUCGCCUCAUUUUUUAGUAGGUGUAGUGGGGUAUUCUCCAUCUAGAAAAAACAUCAUUUCUAAUAGGGAAGCACCGAGUACUAUACCAAAAAGGCCGGGUACUUAGCCAAAAGAACCAUACUCAAUAUAUUGGUGUAACGAUUAUGAGAGUUGUUUCAAAAAUAAGGUUCCCACAUUUUCUCAGGC